AUGUGCAUCAUCAAAGCACUAUUGAUUGUUGCCGCUCAUAGCGGGCAGAUUGACCCAGACGUUGAACGGGCUCUGGGCUACUGGUUCAGAACCCCCACGCGGACUAUACGAUGGAAGUUCGGGGGCCGUCCGAUUCUGCACAGAACACAUGUCGCGUUGGAUCCCUCCAAACAAGAAAAAGAUCUCGAUCUCCCCCUCGCGAUCUCCCAACUCAAUAAAAAUGUCGGCCGACUGGCUGAACAAUACGGAAUCAUAGGCAGAGUUACCACACAUGACAUCCGGCGCAGCGCCGCUGCCGAGAUCAGUCGGGUGCCACAAGAGCAGACUCAAAAUGUUGCGGCGGCAGCGAGCCUCAUGGGCCAUACGGUCCAAUCAAUACUGGCCGGUGUGAUAAAUGAGUACAUCGGUGACCCGGACAUUGACUUCUGGGAGUGA